UAACGGUCGAAUGACGUCAGAGGAACUUGGAAGUCCUUCCCGGCGAACUGUCAGGAAGGGCAUGAACGCAGAGCUGGAUCAUCCGAUGUUGUACAGUUAUUUAACCGUCGUUUUUUAUCUUAAUGUGUCCACUCGAACGCUCUUUAUUCCGACAAACACACUAGCUAGCUCGUCGGCUCGCUAGCUUGCACGUGAAGGCAACGUUCGAGGUUAGCUAGCUCGGCAGACACAGUAAAGCCUCCGCAUGGCGUUAAUCUUGUUUACGAGGUCCAUGGCAUCUUUAAUGACAACUUCCAGAUCGCUAAACAGCGAUCUACGCAAAGCUAAAGUGUCUCAGGGGAAUCGACGGCAGCUAUGGACGGCACAAGCUCAGCUGAUCUCCGGGAAAAUAAAAGACACUGCCUGUUUUAACUGCAUUGCGUUAAAUCUAUCCCGUCAAAGACAUGACGGGUUCCGACUAGUCAGCUUGGCCCAGCCUUCUCAAUUCGGACCAUCCCUCCUCCGGUCCGAUAAAAACGUUGGCCCAUCCCGGACCUCGAACACACAGCGCCUCGUCUGCAAUUUUCCACUCGUGGCCUCUCCUUCCCCAUACCCUGCCAUUUCUGCAAGUUCAUGGCGGCAGGACGUCCCUGGGAGCCUCAGGUGGAUACAUACCUCACAGGGAAGGUGGGACGACUCCAAGGUGGAAAAGUCGCUGCGGUCACUAAAGGAUAAAAAAAAACUGGAGGAAGGAGGGCCGGUGUACAGCCCGACUACGGAUGUUGAGCCCGUCAGGCGGACGCUGCAACAGAGGGUUGUGGAUGAAAUCAAACACUACUACCACGGUUUCAGGCUGCUGUUUGUUGACACCACCAUUGCUGGGCGCAUGCUGUGGCAAGUAUUGAACGGACACAGUCUGUCCCGCCGGGAGAGAAGACAGUUCCUACGAACCUGUGCAGAUGUCUUCAGACUCCUCCCUUUCCUAGUGUUCAUCAUCGUCCCCUUCAUGGAGUUCCUGCUGCCCGUCGUGCUCAAGCUCUUCCCCAACAUGCUGCCGUCCACCUUCGAGACGCAGUCAAAGAAGGAGGAGAGGUUGAAGAAGGAGCUGCGGGUCAAAUUGGAGAUGGCCAAGUUCUUGCAGGACACGAUUGAGGAGAUCGCUCUGAGGAACAAGGCAGCCAAGGGCAAUGUGACUGAAGAGUUCUCCACCUUUUUCCAGAAGAUCCGAGACUCCGGAGAGCGUCCCAGCAAUGAGCAGAUCUUGCGUUUCUCCAAACUGUUUGAAGAUGAGCUAACUCUGGACAACCUGACCCGACCACAGCUGGUGGCGCUCUGCCGCCUUCUGGAACUCCAGUCCAUCGGGACCAACAACUUCUUGCGCUUCCAGAUCAUCAUGAAGCUGAGGAACAUCCGUGCCGACGACAAGCUGAUAGCAGAGGAGGGUGUGGAGAGCCUCAACGUAAACGAGGUCCAGGCCGCAUGUCGAGUUCGAGGGAUGAGAUCCCUCGGGGUCACAGAGGAGCGGCUGAGAGAACAGCUUAGCCAGUGGCUGGAGCUUCAUCUCACCCAGCAGAUUCCUACCUCCCUUCUGCUGCUCUCUCGAGCUAUGUACCUCCCCGACACUCUGUCCCCCGCCGACCAGCUAAAGACCACCCUGCAGACGCUUCCUGAAAUGGCUACAAAGGAGGCCCAGUUAAAGGUGGCCGAGAUGGAGCUGUCCAAAGUGGACAACAAAACAAAAGUGGAAACUACGCUGCAGGAAGAGGCGGCCAUACGUCAGGACAACAAAGACAGGGAGAUGGAGAGGCUGGCUGAUGCUGCUGAGAAGGCUGCCAAGGAUGACGAGUUGGAACAGGAGGCCGAGACAAGCAGACGCAGCCAAUCUCACGCUGUUCAUUCGGACACGCUCAGGGACACAGCACCUGUCAUUGAAGGAGUUAAAUAUGAACAGUGGCAGACAUUCCUGCGCUACCAGGGCGAGGAGAUCACCAAAGAGGAGAUCGACAUGAUCAGUGAUGCCUGCUCCAAGUUGAAGGAGCAGAAGAAGCUGCUGACUCUCGAGAAGGAGGAGCUGGAGGAGCUCAAGGAUGACGUCCAGGAAUACAACGAGGACCUGCAGGAGAUCAAAAUGGAGCUCUCCAAGACGGGCCAGGAGAAGGCAGUGCAGGAGUCCAAAGCCAGCCAGCGUCUGUCUAAGAGAGUCAACCGAAUGAUCGGCCGCAUCGGUAAGAUCAUCCUCGAGCUGGAGAAUGACAAGGUGAUCCUGGACGGACAGAUGGACAGCGCAACCACGCCACCAAUCGGUCUCUUCUACACCUUCAGGGAGAACCUCAUUAGUAUCGACGAGCUCAUCGGUGUCAUGCGGCAGAUCCAGAACAUUCCAGAGCACAAGCUGCAGAGCAUCGCUGAGGCGCUCGACGACAACAAGGACGGCAAGAUCGACAUCGAUGAUGUCAUUAAGGUGGUGGAGCUGAUCGACAAGGAGGACAUCGACAUCUCCACCUCGCAGGUGGGAGACAUCAUGGUGAUGCUGCAGAAGGAGGAGAAGCUGAUCGAGAAGGAGAAGGCCAAAGAGAAGGUGGAGAAGGAGCAGGCGGCCAAGCUCAACGGCUAGCCGCUAAUGCCCGUGCGACAGGAAGCAGCUGAACUUACGAGUGGUGAUAAUAAAAAGGUAACAAAUAUACCUUCUGGCCAAAAAAAAAGACUCCACCACAAAAUGAACUCCUGCCGGACCAUUAAAAGACAGCAGAUCAAAGAAAGCCAACACUUCAUUGUGGGGUUGUUUAUUAUUUAUUAGAGUGGCAUGACAACCAAGCAGGAGAAAUAACAUUGUGAUGACGCACUUUAAAAAGUCCAAGAAAAUUAUCCACAUCAGAAUUAUCCACAUCACACUCGUCCACAUCAUAAUCGUCCACAUCGCAAUCAUCCACAUUACAAUCACCAUCACACUUGGACAAGAAUAAAGUGUAACACUGGAUGUCUCCAUAAAAGACACCAUCAGCGAGCGACUGUCAGACAACAGCCGUUACACACAACACCAAUUAAUCUUCGGCUGCUUCCUCCUUCACUCCCCCCGUCAUCCUCAUCUUGACUCUUUCCAGCAGCCGGGCUGCUGCCAAUCACUCCCUGCUAGUCGGCGUCUCGCGCACGCUUGUUUAAAGUGGCCGUAACACCGACAUCUUUGGACUAACACGAGGUCUUUCCGCUUUGUGCACACUUGAAUGAGCGGCCUCAGACCAGAUGGAAUGUAAAAGUAUCUAAUACAGAAGUAUCUCGGUCCAAUCAUCCGAAAAAAAUAAUGUAAAUCUAAUUAUUCUGUCCCAGACGCCCAAAAAUAUGAUCACAAAACACACUUUACGGAGAAUCAUUUCAGUUUUACAUGCAGAAAACAGUGUGAAAUACAAAUAGAUGAAUGAUUCGUCAUUUCACCUUUUAUUGAACACUCUUGUUCAGUAGUGUUUCUCACUUCUUUUAUCAAAGUGCUGCCACUCGCAAGUCCUUUUUUUUUUUGGCCUACGGAUUAUUUUGCAGAUGUACACAAUAAAAUAUUAAGCCUGAGUCACCAACAUGUGGGUUUUAUUUGUUUGGACAGUCCGUUUAGUGGAAUGAUACACGAGCAAACACGACAGUCGUUCCUUUGCCACAUAUCAAUCAAUGCAGCUCACCACACAAUUGUGUUUUUUAUUCUGUACGUUUGGACGCCUUUUUCAAACCUUUAACAUGCACGAAAAGUUCCCUUUUUUCUUGCAGGCGCCUCAGGUAUGGCGGAAAAUGUUAUAUUUUGGAAGUUCUAAAAAAUAAAUUUCAAAAUUGGCCACCUUUUUGAAAUGUGAAAAAAUUAGCCCCUCUUACCAGUUUCACGUAUCGACACAAAAAUCACAGGAGACGUCUAUCAUGACAGAAUGCACAUAAAAGUCUUAGGAACCCAUAUCUGAAAACAAACAAGAAGUUGGCCAUCUUGGUUUUCGUCUUCCAAUUUUUGGCAAAAAAAAGGGUUGUACUUUAGCGACUUCCUCUUAGGGACUUUGACCAAAUUAGUUGCGGUUAAAAUGACAGAUACUACAUAUAGGCGAUGAUAAAUUCUGAACAAACGUUUCCUGCGCCAUAAGAUGUGGGCGUGGCAUGGCGCCCAACAUUGCUCUGUUGUUUUUUGGUCAUUUUUGGGUGCAAAAAUGUUCGUAUUUGAACAAUCUACUCCUAGAAACUUUGACCAAAUGAGCCACAGGUAAAAUGACAGAUACUACACAUAUAGGUGAUGAUAAAUUGCAAACAAAAUGUUCUUACACCAUAAAAUGUGGGCGUGGUUUGGCGCCAAACUUUGCUAAGAAGUUUUCCGGCCAUUUUCCAAAGUAAACCUAAUCAGUGGCCUAGUGGUUAGAGUGUCCGCCCUGAGAUCGGUAGCUUGGGAGUUCAAACCCCGGCCGAGUCAUACCAAAGACUAUAAAAAAAUGGGACCCAUUGCCUCCCUGCUUAGCACUCAGCAUCAAGGGUUGGAAUUGAGUAGUAAAUCACCAUAAAUGAUUCCCGGGCGUGGCACCGCUGCUGCCCACUGCUCCCCACUGCUCCCCUCACCUCCCAGGGGGUGAUCAAGGGGAUGGGUCAAAUGCAGAGGACAAAUUUCACCACACCUAGUGUGUGUGUGACAAUCAUUGAUACUUUAACUUAAAAACAGGUCGUAUUUUAACAAACCCCUCCUAGGGACUUUGACCAAAUAAAUUGUGGUUAAAAUGACACAUACUACACAUAUAGGUGAUGAUAAAUUGUGAAUAAAGUUUUUCUACACCAUAUGAUGUGGGCGUGGUAUGGCGCCACACUUUGUUCCGAUUGUUUUGGGUGAAAAAAUGGGUCGUAUUUAAAAAAACUCCUCCUAGAGACUUUUGACCAAAUGAGCCACGGUUAUACUGCCAGGUUCUACACAUAUAGGCGAUGAUACAUUUCAAACACAUUUUUACAACGCCAUACGAUGUGGGUGUGGGUUUGGCGCCAAACAUUGAUCUGAUGGUUCGCCAUGAAAUGUUAACUCAUUUAAAAAAUGUAUUUUUUUAACAUAUUCUGUAAUGGUUUUUGGUCCAAAUUUUAGCAUUUUCAGGCAUUAACAAAAACAAUCAGAGCACGCCGUUCAGUAUCGUGGCCAGUGAUUGGCUCAGCCUCAGACGGCGUCACUAUAUCGGAUUAAACAGAUGUAAAAGUCGCUAAAAGGUGUUCUUUCAUGUCCAGAGGGAUUUCAUAAUAUAAGGUAUUUAGAAGGCCGUGAACCGUUUUUUAUGCUCUAGCUCUGAAAAUAUUUGUUUGAUAAUGAUCCCUACUUAGCGCAAAUUAAUUUAUCGCUGUCAUCAACAGCGAUAAAUGAAUCCGAGAAAAAGUGUAUGAAAACCAGAUAGUACGCAAAGCGGGGGCGUUCAAAAACCGAGGUAGUAUGCGGUAUUUAGAGAAGCGUUCUCAGAUGUACCCAGCCGGGGGCGGCAACACUCAGCCGGGGGCGGCAGCGUUUAGGAUCCAAAUGUUUGGGGCUCCAUUCUACAUUGGCGUGUACAUAAAUCUCCACUUCAUUUUCAGCAUCGGAUUGAACAAACUGCAAGCUUUAGUUUGAUUAUGCAGUUAAGGCAAUGUACUAUUUGAUUACUAGAUUGUGUUUGUUUACAACCGUCCUCCAUGUUGUACCUUAGGAAGAUAUGCAUUUUUACUGGGGGAUGUUGCUUUAAUUUCUUUCUUUUGGAUGUACAUUGUAUUAAUAAAUGUUUGCUUUUCAGAAAAAAUAAAAUAUAUAAUUUUUAUUUUUAUUUUUUUUUUCCCUAUAGAAAUGGACAUUAGAAAAGGCAGCUGGAGGCAGACAGGAAGUAAACGAGCAUCUCACGCUAACCUCUUUCCAAAACUAAGCAUUAUUAAAAUCAAAUUAGUCUAAUUGAACUGGCAGAAAUGUAUUUUGUUCAUAAACAGAUCAAACCACAAUAAGUAGUGAUAGGGCUUCACGGUGGCAGAGGGGUUAGUGCGUCUGCCUCACAAUACGAAGGUCCUGCAGUCCUGGGUUCAAUCCCAGGCUCGGGAUCUUUCUGUGUGGAGUUUGCAUGUUCUCCCCGUGAAUGCGUGGGUUCCUUCCGGGUAGUCCGGUUUCCUCCCACCUCCAAAGACAUGCACCUGGGGAUAGGUUGAUUGGCAACACUAAAUUGGCCCUGGUGUGUGAAUGUGAGUGUUGUCUAUCUGUGUUGGCCCUGCGAUGAGGUAGUGACUUGUCCAGGGUGUACCCCACCUUCUGCCCGAUUGUAGCUGAGAUAGGCGCCAGCGCCCCCUGCGAAUAAGUGGUAGAAAAUGGAUGGAUGGAAGUAGCGAUGGCGAUGGCGUUACUACGGGUCUAGACUGCUAAAAGUGGACCAAAAACGAUUAUAAUUGUGUUUCAGGUCACGUUGGAAGCAACAAAAAGUAGACUAUCAAAUAUUAACACUUGAUUUUAAUGGUAUUCAAUAAUUAUACCUAAUUUACUUACUGUUUAACAGGUUAACAACCUUGUCAAAAUAUAUUACCAAGGCUUAGGUCAGGCAGAUUGCUCAAAUAAAUACUAAUCAAAUAUACUGCAAGAGAGAAGGGACUCAAAAAAGCUAACACAGUGCUAAAAUAUAUUAACUAUAAAUUCUGAUAAUGUACAGUGUAUAUAAAAUUAAAGUGAAAACAAAAAUACAGCUUUACCACGUAAGUCAGAAUUUUUGCGCUUAACUUCUCACCGACUGUGGCGCCAGACUUCUUCUGUUUGUUUAAGAUUGUCAUUACUGCCACAAGUGGUGUGAAAGUGUAUUACAACUGAGUACCGCUGCUGCCCAUAGCUUUGAAACAGGUAUUUUUUUGGCUGCCCUCUGGGGGGCGCUCACGUCCCGGCCCUAUGGUUAAAAAACACUGAUCUCGACUGUAGAUUUUGAACUAAUCGUUUAUUCAACCUUUUUUCCCACAUGCAAAUUUGUGAUAUUUUGUGAGGAACUGUAGGUGUUCGAGUGAAAUUGUACGAAACAAUUUAAUUCUUGUCAUUGCAGGCUCCAAAAAAAACAAAAAAUCGAAAUAAACAAGAAAAAAUCC